AUGCUGCGGAAAGGGCAGAGCAAGCGUGGGCACGCAUUGGUCGGGUUCCAUGCUGCAGCCGCGAGCCCCGCGCCGCCGAUGAAGAAGCUGCGGGCCGGCAGUAGCCACGCCGACCCGCCGCUGCGCAUUGGGCAAAGCGCGAGCCCAGCAACGCCGCAAACACGGCGCUUCUCGCCGCCCAAGCAACAGCAGCAACAGUGGCAGCGAAUCUUCGCGUCGCUGGCUGUGAUCGCGGCCGAGGCGGAUGGGCUCGGGCGGGUGCUGCCUGGCGGCGCGCCGGCAAAGGAGCCUGCCGAGGCGGGGGCGAUCGGCGAGGCGGCGCUGAUUGAAGUAAAGGGGAAUGAUGCAGCUGCCUGCCAGAGCAGACAGAUUCCUUAA